GGCAGGCAGGGAGCCUGUCUUAGUCCUGCUGCAUGCUGCUGCCAUCCUGGAGCCACUCAAGGAAAAGGACAGUGCCAUUUAAACUGAGUGCCUACAAUGACGAUGAAGCUGAGCUGCUGAAUGACAUCCUGUGUCCUAGAACAAAGUUUCCAGUGCAAGACAUUUCCCCUUCCUGCUCAAAAGGAACAGCAACAAAAACAAGUACCCAUGGGGCAGCUCCGACUGACAUGGAGCUCAUGUCCUCCAUGAUGCAAAAAAUUGCUUUGUUGGAACAAAAAGCAAAGAGCCAAGCACAAGAAAUCCAGCUGAAGGCUAGAAAGAUUGCUGAGCUUGAGAAGCAGGUGCAGAUCCUUCGGAAAGGAAAAGAUUCCCCGGAGUCAAGCAGAAUAGAGGAGCUGGAGGUGAAGUGUCUUCAGCUGCAGAAUCAGGUCUGGGAAAUGGAGCGGUUUCUGAAUGAUUAUGGAUUGAUUUGGGUUGGAGAGAGGAAUGAACAGCUGGAAGAGUUGAAAUCACCGAAGAAGCAGGAAAAUCAGCCAUCAAGAGGUCUCUGGAAACCAGGUGACUCAGCUGUUUCCAAGAACCCGAUCGAUUUUGAUUUAAUUUUGGAAAACCUGAAAGAUUUAAACAUGCUGGCUGGGGAAGGUGUGUCUCAAAUCGAGCGCACAGCAGGAGGUGCUAGACUGAGGCAGCCCCAAUCGAUAGCCCUCACUUUUUAUCAGAAUGGGAUAGUCAUGUUCAAUGGACCCUUCCGGUCGUACGAGGAGCCGUCCACGCAGCAAUGUCUUCAGGAUAUCCUGGAUGGCUAUUUUCCCUCAGAGCUACAGACGCGCUACCCGGAUGGCGUUCCUUUUCAGGUCACUGACAGGAGAGACGUUUUCUUUCGGGAGAGGCAGCUACCAGAGAACUUUCCUGGCCAGGGGCAGGUAGUUGGCCAUUCGAGGUCAAGUGAGGUAAAGGAAACCAGUGAGAUCCCAGGUCCCAAGCUCUCACUGGAGCAGUUUCUGAACAAACUUCCUAAAUCCUUGAUCCGGGAGGGACAAGUGAUUGAUAUCCGAGGGCCAAUCAAAGAAACUCUGCAGGGCUCUGAUGGGACACGUAGCAAUGAAGUGAUCCUGGUGGAGACGCCCAGCCUUAAAGCAAUGAAGGAGAGGUUGAAGGCAGAUGAACAGGACCAGCCUCCAGCCCCCAACAUCUCCACUCUCCGGAUAAAAUCUGAGAAUGGGGAGCAGACGUACAUUGUAAAAAUGCUCUUCACAGAGACCAUAGGAGACCUGCGCCGGCACCUCGCCCAGAGCAGGGGUGGAGAACCACAGCCAUAUGAGAUCAUCAGCACCUUUCCCCAGAGAGUGUAUGCGGACAACUUCAUGACCCUGCAGGAGUGUGGACUGAUUCCCAACGCCUCCCUUCUACUGCGGGAAAAGCUCUCUUUGGCCAAGGAGGGACAGGGCCACAGAUAGUUUAACAGCUUCAAAUGAGCCAGUUGGCCUUGCAACUGCUACUUCAUAUGUGAAGUAAUUUGCUUUCCUCCCCACCCAUCUGCUUCUCCAUCAUGGGCUCUACGAUAAGGCAGGAGGAAGGAACAGCCUUGCACAAUCUGAUAAGCUGCAACCUCUCCCUUACUCAAGGGGGAAGGAGGGUGGGGUGGUCUUUCCACAUUCAGUUGAACUGCAUUGUUACCUGGGCCUACCACCUCCCAUAGGCAAAGCAAGGGGGAGAAAUAGCCCUGGAGAUCUCGCCCCUCCCUGCACUGUCCGUGAGAGAACUGUGAUGAGACAAGGCCACACACCCUGCCAGUCUGGAUCCUAGCAGCCUACCUGUGUAAAUAUUACCCUGGGGGACUUGUAGCCAAGCUGGGUUUCUCUCCACCUUUGCUGAAGGUCACAUGAGCUUUUUGCUCCUCAGAGGUUGCAGUGAGUUCAGUUCAACGCCUGUGUCCUCAUCUGCUGGUCCCUUAUGUCUACACUGCAAUAAAAAAACUGGCACCAAUCUCAGAGCCCACAUCAAUUGAGUUGGGGUCAGGAUGUGGGGCUGCAACUAGCAGCAUAGAUGAUCAAGUGUGGCCUGGAGCCGGGGCACUGAGGCCCCCACCCCUUUGUGGGGGUUCCAGAGCCCAGGCUCCAGCCCAAGCCUGAAUGUCUACACUGCAAUCUUCAGUCAGCUGAGCCAGGCCAGACAGGGCCAUACCCUGCGGAGUAGACAGCCUUCAAGAAGUAAGUUUAUAUACAGCAUAGGUGAAAUGCUGUAAGGGCCCUCCCAGCUAUGUUAUGGUGCAGUUUCCACAUGCAUCUGCUCUCUUGGUUAGGGCUAGAUUCUGAUCUCCUGCUGGUGUACAAAUGAGCUUAACUAUUAAAGUCAAUAGGGUUACGCUGGA